CGGCCGCGCCGCGCCAUGUCCGACUACAGCACGGGAGGACCCCCGCCCGGGCCGCCGCCGCCCGCUGGCGGGGGUGGGGGCGCCGGGGGCGCCGGGGGAGGGCCUCCGCCGGGCCCGCCGGGCGCGGGGGACCGGGGCGGCGGCGGCCCCGGCGGCGGCGGCCCGGGCGGAGGGGCGGCCGGGGGCCCCGCGCAGCCGCCCGGCGGGGGCGGCCCGGGAAUCCGCAAGGACGCCUUCGCCGACGCCGUGCAGCGGGCCCGCCAGAUCGCAGCCAAAAUCGGAGGCGAUGCGGCCACGACCGUGAACAACAGCGCUCCCGACUUUGGUUUUGGGGGCCAGAAGAGACAGCUGGAGGACGGAGAUCAGCCGGAGAGCAAGAAACUGGCUUCCCAGGGGGACUCCAUCGGUUCUCAGCUCGGACCCAUCCAUCCUCCGCCCAGGACUUCCAUGACAGAAGAGUACAGGGUCCCGGACGGCAUGGUGGGCCUGAUCAUUGGCAGAGGAGGCGAGCAAAUUAACAAAAUCCAGCAGGAUUCAGGCUGCAAAGUCCAGAUCUCUCCAGACAGCGGCGGCCUACCAGAACGCAGCGUGUCCUUGACGGGGGCCCCGGAGUCCGUCCAGAAGGCGAAGAUGAUGCUGGAUGACAUCGUGUCUCGGGGUCGCGGGGGCCCCCCCGGCCAGUUCCACGACAGCGCCAACGGGGGCCAGAACGGCACCGUGCAGGAGAUCAUGAUCCCCGCAGGCAAGGCCGGCCUGGUCAUCGGCAAAGGCGGAGAGACCAUUAAGCAGCUGCAGGAGCGCGCGGGCGUGAAGAUGAUCCUGAUCCAGGACGGCUCCCAGAACACGAACGUGGACAAGCCCCUGCGCAUCAUCGGGGACCCCUACAAAGUGCAGCAAGCCUGCGAGAUGGUGAUGGACAUCCUCCGGGAGCGCGACCAGGGUGGCUUCGGGGACCGCAACGAGUAUGGCUCGAGGAUCGGCGGGGGCAUUGAUGUGCCGGUGCCAAGGCAUUCUGUAGGGGUGGUCAUUGGCCGGAGUGGAGAGAUGAUCAAGAAGAUUCAGAAUGACGCAGGGGUGCGGAUACAGUUCAAGCAAGAUGAUGGGACGGGUCCUGAGAAGAUCGCCCACAUCAUGGGGCCCCCGGACAGGUGUGAGCACGCGGCCAGGAUUAUCAACGAUCUCUUGCAGAGCCUCAGGAGUGGUCCCCCAGGCCCUCCAGGGGGUCCCGGCAUGCCCCCCGGCGGCCGGGGCCGGGGGAGAGGCCAAGGCAGCUGGGGUCCUCCCGGCGGGGAGAUGACCUUCUCCAUCCCCACGCACAAGUGCGGGCUGGUCAUCGGCCGAGGUGGCGAGAACGUGAAAGCCAUCAACCAGCAGACAGGCGCCUUUGUAGAGAUCUCCCGGCAGCUGCCGCCCAACGGGGACCCCAACUUCAAGCUGUUCAUCAUCCGGGGCUCGCCCCAGCAGAUCGACCACGCCAAGCAGCUCAUCGAGGAGAAGAUAGAGGGUCCUCUCUGCCCCGUGGGACCUGGCCCUGGGGGACCAGGCCCCGCUGGCCCCAUGGGGCCCUUCAACCCGGGGCCCUUCAACCAGGGGCCACCAGGAGCACCCCCACAUGCCGGCGGCCCCCCUCCUCACCAGUACCCACCCCAGGGCUGGGGCGGUGCCUACCCCCAGUGGCAGCCCCCUGCUCCGCACGACCCAAACAAAGCUGCCGCGGCAGCCGCUGACCCGAACGCCGCCUGGGCCGCCUACUACUCGCACUACUACCAGCAGCCCCCGGGCCCCGUGCCCGGCCCCGCGCCGGCCCCUGCCGCUCCGCCCACUCAGGGGGAGCCCCCGCAGCCCCCGCCCACCGGCCAGUCGGACUACACGAAGGCCUGGGAGGAGUACUACAAGAAGAUCGGCCAGCAGCCACAGCAGCCGGGAGCGCCCCCGCAGCAGGACUACACGAAGGCCUGGGAGGAGUACUACAAGAAGCAGGCGCAAGUGGCCACCGGAGGGGGUCCGGGAGCGCCUCCAGGCUCCCAGCCAGACUACAGUGCCGCCUGGGCCGAGUAUUACAGACAGCAGGCCGCUUACUACGGACAGACUCCCGGUCCCGGCGGCCCCCAGCCUCCUCCCACCCAGCAGGGACAGCAGCAGGCAAGUGGGAACUGCCACCCUCCUCCUCCUCCUUUCUCCUUCCAACCCCCGGCCACCGUCCAUCCUGCCUUAGUGGGUAGCGCCGGAAACCCCUUCCCCUGCGGGGUGUGCCCUUGAUGCCUGCAGCGGGGGCCGCGUGGCCAGAGGUCUCCGGGAGUCCCCACGCGCCCGCCGGGGAAGCGCACGCUGGGUCCAGAGGCUAACGAAGAGGCCUCCCUCCGCCAGCCGCUUGUUCCUGUGUGACGCUGUCGUGACGCUGGGGCGAGCUGGAAACAGAGGUGGAACUUGUGAACUGGUGGGUAGUCCUUGGGGGUGGGGCCGCCGGCCGCUCCAGCCGUGGUCGCCGUCCUGGCCGUCAACCCACUCGCUCCAAAUCUGGCCACUUGGGAAGAAAACGUCUAUUUUUUUCCCCCUUUUCUGCAUCACUUUUGUUUUUUUAUUUUGGAAAGCCACGAUCUUUUUCACCUGUGUCCGAGUGACUGCCGCAGGCGGCCCGGGGCUCCCCGCCCGCCCGCUCGCCUCUGUGUCCCGGUCUUGUCUGUGAAGUGGGCAUGACGAUCGUUGCCACCUUCCAACCUACCUCACAGGGGUGUUGUGGGGACACCGUGCUCGCUGAAAUGGUUUCUGUUGCGUCGCCCGGGAGCCGCCGCCUCCCCGUCCAGCAGGCGCCCUCCCUCCUGAGCGCUUUCUCUGCCUCUGCCCUGCGCCUGCUUCUCUGACUUGCUCUCCUGUCCCCUCCUGCUCCCCCCCUUCUCCCCCCAUCCUCCUCCUCUCCCUCCCCCCCCAUCCGUCAAGGAGCAGAGUCUGCCUCCAGCCAGGCCGAGAGCACUAGACAGUGGACACGCGCCCUGCCUGCCCGCACGGGCCGCCUCCCCGCGCACGGGUGCUGCAGCCCCGCCUGCCCUCCCCUCCAGCCCCCCACGCCGCCCUCCCUGUAGUGACCGAUUCCUAUCUCUUCCCUCUCCGCAGGCUCAAUGAAUCGAAUGAAUGUGAACUUCCUCAUCUGUGAAAAUCUUUUUUUUUUUUUUUCCAUUUUGUUCUGUUUGGGGGCUGUUUCCGUUUGUUUUUUAUUUUGUUUGUUUGGCGAGAGAGCGAUGGCUGCCGUGGGGGUGCGGGGAGCCCGGGGAGUGGCUGGAGGCGGGGCGCUCGCGCUCCCUGUCUCAUUCGGUUUCUUUACAAUCGGGGACCCUUCACUCUGGCCAGCCAUGGAAGAUAGCGAGGAACUGAGUCCUGCCAAAAAUAAAUUAAAAACAUUAAAAGGAGCAGAACAAAAGCUAUAAAAUUUUAUAUAUAUAUUAAAAAAAAAACUCUAUCCCCAGCCUUCCAGAAACUGCCUCUCUGAAGGUGAGGCGCCAAUUCUCUCCCUGCCACCCUUGGCCUCUUCUUGUUUUUAAAAUAAACUUUUAAAAAGGAAAAAAAGUCACUCUUGCUAUUUCUUUUUUUUAGUUAGAGUUGGAACAUUCCUUGGACCAGGUGUUGGUAUUGCAGGACCCCCGCACCUGCCCUUCCUCCUCCUGCUCCUCCUCCUCCUCCUGCUCCUCCUCCUCCUGCUCCUCCUCUCCCUCCUCUCUCUCGCUCCUCUCCAGCCCCGGCUCAGCCCCUGCCCCCACUCCCAGGACUGGUCUGCUCCGUUGUCUUUUGAUCUGUUCAAGAGGAGAUUGAAACUAAAAAUGAGAACAAAACAAAAAAAUUGUAUGGCAGUUUUUACUUUUUAUCGCUCGUUUUUAACUUCACAAAUAAAUGAUAACAAAACCUG